UUUGGGAAGUAGUGGGAGGCCUCGGGGGGGGUUGUCAGCGUUCGCGGUGCUAGCUGGGAAGGACGCGGCAGCCGGUGUGGUGUCUGAGCCACACGUGCAGGAGAGAUGAGCAAGGAAAGCCCUUGGCAGAGCCCGGUGCGGGCCCCGGCUUGCAUGGAGACCCAGCUGGAGGCGGUGCGGUACCACCGAGAUGGGAAAAUGCUUCUGGCAGCUUCUAGCUUGAAUGCUCGAACUUGGGGAGGUUCGAUUUGGGUUUACAAGGAUCCUCUUGAAGCCCCUAAUGAGAGCCUCUGUUCAGCUGGAGUCCAGACAGAGGCAGGUGUAACAGAUGUGGUCUGGGUAUUGGAGAAAGGGAUCCUUGUUGCUUCAGAUUCUGGUGCAGUGGAGUUGUGGGAACUGCUGGACAAUGACUCUUUACUUGUUCAUAAAUUUACCAAAUAUGAACAUGACGACAUUGUAACAUCCCUGAGUGUGUUCACUGGGGGCAAUCAAGCAGUUAGUGGAAGCAAUGAUUUCAGUGUGAAGGUCUGGGAUCUCUCCCAAAAAACACCCCUGAAAUCCUAUAAAGCGCACUCUGGCCAUGUAACCUGUGUCUCCGCUUGCCCUGGAAAAGAAACCAUCUUUCUGUCCUGUGGAAAGGAUGGCAGGGUAUUAUUGUGGGACACGAGAAAUCCUAAACCUGCUAAGAGAAUCACCUUUGGUCCCCCAAGCAUUUCACCUACUUCUGUUACUUGGCAUCCUGACAAAGAUGAUAUCAUCACUUGUGGUGAUGAGAUGGGCAAUGUUUAUAUUGUAAAUCUGAACAGCCCAGAUAAAGCACAGGCCUUGGCCUUACAUUCCAGGUCUGUCACUGGACUUGCAUACUCCAGUCACAGCUCACCAUUCCUGGCAUCAGUCAGUGAAGAUUGCUCCGUUGUGGUCCUCAACUCUGACUCUUCAGAAAUUUUCAAGGAUCAUUCUCAUCAGGAUUUUAUAACAAGCGUGGCUUGGUCUCCCCUUGAUCAUUCACACUUCACCACUGUUGGCUGGGACCACAAAGUUCUUCAUCACAUCCUUCCUAUGGAGAACAAUACUAAAACCCCUGCUGAGACUCAGGAUUAAUAUCUGAGCCAGUAGAGAUCAUGUAAUGAUUAUGGUUUGACUGAAGAAUAAUGCAGUGUACUGGCUUAGAUUGACCUCCGGGUAGGAUACUUAAGUGUAGCCAUUAGCACUGUACCUCCAGAGUUUUGUGUGCCACUUUGGAAGACUGAUAUCUCCACAUGUAGUUUUAGUUUGUAUUUGUUGGGCUUUAACCCCAGACAUUAUUCCAACUGUUACGGAUUUCUGCACCGUUUUGUCGGUUACGUUUGUGGAUGUGCAGUACUUAAUUUUUACGUAGUGUAAUGCACUUAGGACAAUUUUCUAGAGUUGUUCAGUAGCUGUUCAUUUUUGUAUUGAUGACACAAAAAAUAAAUUUCCACUACUGUGUCCUGUGUUCAAACCGCUAA